AUGAUCUCUCUCUCUCUCUCUCUCUCUCUCUCUCUCUCUCUCUCUCGGUCAGUUUUUUUUAAUCAUAACUCAAGCCUUAUUUUGUUGCUCAUUUUCCCUCCUUCUUUCUCAUUCUUCUUUUCCUUAUUUUUCCUUCGUUUCUGCUCUUUCAGUAGUCAUUCUCUUUCUGCUUUGCCUUGCCAUUCCUUCCUCCUUCCUCUUCUCUUUCCUUUCUCUCUCUUCUUUCUUUUCUGUCUUUCCUCUUUAUUGUCUUACGACCCAUCUCAAUUUCUCCUUUUUCUUCUUCUUUUUCUCCUCCCCAUAAUUACGAUCUUUCUCCUCUUUUAUAUUUCUCUUUCCAAUAAUCGUACUUCUGACUCUUUUCUUCGACUCUUCCCAGUCUUUCAACUUCCUCCAUUCCCCGACGCCGACAGUGUAACGCAAUCGCCGCCUCUAAUCCCAAGGCGGUCAACUGAUGACCGCCUUGGCCACAAUGGCCAAACUGAAGGACACAAACGACAUCUACAAACAAAAUAUCAAUCUAUCCUUUUUUUUUUCUUCUUCUCCCUUCUGUCCAUCGAUGGAUUAUUCGCUCAGUUUCAUCCUUCAAUCGAUAAUUUUAAUUAUCAAUUAUUCCCUCACUCUACAUUUAGCUUUACCAUCAUCAUCAUCAUCAUCAUCAUCAUCAUCAUCAUCAUCUAUCUCUUUCUUAUUAUUUUUUCAGCUCUUUCUUCUUCUUCUUCUUCUUCGUCGUCGUCGUCAUCAUUUCGUCCUCCUCCUCCAUCAUCACCAUAUUCUUCUUAUUCAUUAUUAUGA